AUGACAACCACAUCGGACGCAGUGCCGCCCUUAUCUCCAGCCUCUUCAAGCCACAGUGACCUGAGCUUGGAAGAACCGGAACCCCAUCUGUCCGCAAAACCCCUGCCUGUGCCCCCAACAACCGGGUCACCUAUCAAGUUUCGCAAUGGAGAGACGGAGCUUCCACCGUUGCAAGUAGCUGGUGGCGAUCCCGACGGACUGGAUCCGAUUGCCGAAGAAGAACUGGACCCAGGCAGUUUUGACCUGGUGAUGCCAGUCGAACAGAAUGGCAGCACCACUGGCAAAUACAAGUUGGAGAAACGGUCAGAAUUACUCUUCUCGAGCCGUCAUCUAGAGGCUAUCUUUGACGACUCGGCCGAACUGCAUCGCUUUUCCCAGUUUCUGUACAAAUGUCGACCGGCAUCAGUUCCACUACUGACAUAUUUCUUGGAUGCUCUCAAGGCACUAAGGGCAAUCGAAUAUAGCAAUGCUGUAUUGAGGAAGCUUGGGCCAUUGACCGAUUUCGAAUUCACUCAUGAGUACUUCCAAGCGCACCCUACGUCGAAUCAAGAAUUAAAGACCAAAGCAAAUGCGGCCUUUGACAUCCUAGCUCGAGAGGAUCUGCCCAUGUAUAUCACACAUGUGUGGAUUGAAACCGUUUCCGUAUCUAUUAGGCACAGGAUCAUGGGCAUUCCCAGUCACGCCUCGGAAGGUCUAGCAGAAGUAUUUUGUCUUACUGAUCCGUCAAGACACGACAACCCCAUUGUUUUCAUGUCGGAAGACUUUAAUCGGACCACACAAUACGGCGUAGACUACGUCGUUGGAAGAAACUGUCGUUUUCUUCAAGGACCGUACACAAAUCCGUUCAGCGUAACGCGUAUCAGGGAGAAGAUGGAGAAUGGCAUUGAACACUAUGAGACCUUCUUAAACUAUAGGCGCGACGGCUCUCCGUUUAUGAACCUUAUUAUGGUUGCUCCUUUGUACGACAGCCGCGGAGUGAUUCGGUAUUUCAUUGGCGCUCAAGUUGAUGUAUCAGGCCUCGCUAUGGGUUGCUACGAUCUUUCAUCUCUUCAGCGAGUUGCCGACGAAGAUGCGAAGCGAGAAGAAGGAGCAAAAGUUCCAAGCAACAACAGGGACGAAUUUACGCAACUAGCCGAAAUAUUGGGGACAAGGGAGCUCGAAAUAGUCAGAGAACGCGGCGGUGAAAUGCAUCGCCUGCCUCUCCAAUUUGCGACAGGGCUUCACUACGAUGAAAAGAUUUCUCUGACAAAGCCCAACGUCGACGGCGUCCGAGAUAGUACACAACAUGCCCGCAACAGCUCUAAAAAUCGAGUUAUUUUGGGAACAAGCUCAGAGGCCCAAAACACGACGCCUCCCUUGGGUGAUUCAGUGCGACCCUUUAGUUCACUAACCACAGCGGCGACUCUUGCAGCGAGACAUAAUGGCCGUCUUACAGGUAUCUAUGAGCAUUACCUGCUUGCCAGGCCUUACCCAUCACUGCGCAUUCUCUUCACAAGCCCAUCUAUGCGCGUGCCGGGCAUUCUUCAGUCACCGCUACUUGACCGGAUUGGGGGGUCGACUCGCAUGCGAGAUCAGCUUGUUCGAGCUUUGGCCAAUGGCCAAGGAGUGACAGCCAAAGUUAGGUGGCUUACUGUUAACCACAGGAGGCAUGCCAACCGUCCCUUGAGAAAGAGAAACCAAGGUGAUCACCCAUUGGAAGCACAUUUGCGCAUCGACGAUCAUGAUGAUAACGCAAACGAGGAUAUUGGGAGAUCGCGAUGGCUUCACUGUACACCACUCACAGGGUCGAACGGCCGCGUUGGGGUCUGGAUGAUUAUUAUCAUAGAUGAAGAGCCAGACCCCAAUAGCCAACUUUCACACCACGUCGGUCAUCUCGAGAAACCGCGGCCUGAUAGUGCUGUGUCCGACAAGUCCGUGGGUGGCCGAAAUCCGCACCGUACAAGUAACAAUGGCGCGUCCCCAGCAAUAACCAAGUUGCGCCCAAGAAGGUCAUCGGAUACUCUUGGGCUUAACCCUCCAACGACACCUUGUCGAAACGAAGACAAAUCAGUGACCAAGACGAUCCACCAGCAACACUCGCUCAACGCCCACCGAGCACCGAAACCUACUCUCCAGACCCUGGGUGUGGCUGCAAGGUUCUAUAGUCCCGAGGCGCUGUCACUUGCCACCCAAGCCGGCUCUUCGACUCAACAACAGAGAGAGAGCAGCAGUAGCGCCAAAGCCAGUCCCGAAGACGAGCGCUCAGAAAUGGAGCAGAUUUGGCCCUUACCACCCUCUAGCACUGCCAUAUCGAGAAGAAAUCGUGAGGCUUAUAUCAGAGUUCCGUCAAUGAUACGAGAGACGUCGUCGGAGCGGGCAGUAGUUUGGGGUACCAAGAGUGAAGGGGACACUGCCUCAAUUAGAAGUCAAAGCUCCGCAUUUACUGUGAGAAUAGAAGAAGACUAA